AUGCGGUCUGCCAAAGCCGUCGUUUCUGAGAAGCUUGCGCGCCUUGGAGCUCCGAACAUGUCUCACAGCACCACCAGCGGAAUGCACGCCUCUAAUAGGCCGCACACCAUUACCUCGCUGCGGCGCUGGUCUAUUGUGAAUAAGGAACUUCCGGCUAUGCGCAAGAUCCGCGCAAUUCACGUUUACGACUUCGACAAUACCCUAUUUCUAAGUCCCUUGCCAAACCCGCAGAUCUGGCAUGGAUCAUCUAUCGGAUUCCUUCAAUCAGUCGACCACUUUGCCAAUGGAGGAUGGUGGCACGACCCAAACAUCCUUGGUGCGACAGGCAAGGGCAUGGAGGUUGAAGAGCCCCGUGCAUGGGAAAAAUGGUGGAAUGAACAAAUCCUUCGCUUGGUGCGCAUGAGUAUGGAACAGAAGGAUGCUCUCACAGUACUGUUGACCGGCCGCAGCGAGGCUGGCUUUGCCGAUAUCAUCAAGCGGAUGGUUGCAAGUCAAAAACUCGAAUUCGAUCUCAUCGGUCUCAAGCCGGAGGUUGGUCCGCACGGACAGCGAUUUUCGUCGACCAUUGAGUUUAAACGGACGUUCCUUGAAGAUCUGGUUUUCACUUACGAGCAGGCUGAAGAGAUCCGCGUUUAUGAGGACCGCGUCAAGCAUGUGAAAGCAUUCCGGGAAUUCUUCGAGGACACGAACAAAAAACUUCAGAUUGGGGCCCUUGCCACCACCACACGUGUGCCCAUCCUCGCUGAAGUCAUCCAGGUAUCUGAAGGCUGCACAUACCUCGAUCCUGUAACCGAAACAGCUGAGGUGCAGCGCAUGAUUAAUUCUCACAACCUUGCAUUGCGCGAGCCUUCUCUAUCCACGAAGAACAUACGCAAUGGGCGUUUAAGCAUCAAACGGGUUGUGUUCUACACUGGAUAUCUUCUUUCCCAAGAAGACUCAAACAGCAUGACUGAAAAAUUGCUGGUUCCAGCACUACCCCCCGGUCUCGCUGACUCAAAUGACCUCAAAUACAUGGCUAACAGCAUUCUAAUCACCCCACGCCCAGCUCCUCGCUCCAUCCUGGAGAAGGUUGGAGGCAUGGGCAAGACAAUCAAGUGGAAGGUUACCGGUACCGGAACCUUUGAAAAUAAGAUCUGGGCUGCCCGCGUGGCACCCGUUUCGGCAACAGAGCCGUGGUAUACGGAUAACCCACUGCCGCUUGUAGUACUAGCUGUGCGCAAAGGUGCUCGCCUCGUUGACGCAGGGAGAAUUCAGAAUUGGCACCCUGCUUCGGCCGACAUGGCCAUGACAUUCGACACUGUUGUCGGAGAAAAGGUUGUCUUGAAGAUCGAGACCGAAGACCAACACACGAUGAACAAAAGCCAUAAGCGACGUUUCCAGGAUCGCGAUGACAGUACCUUGGCUCACACCACCCAUGCCAGCUACGAAGGGCAAUUAUCUCACGCCCGUGGCAAUCACAGCUCCCACCAGCGUGGUGGCGGUCAUUACUUCGACGAAAGUCAUCGAAGAGGAGCCUAUCGUGGCCGUGCCCGAGGUAACGCACGUGGACGUGCCAACAGAGGUUCCCGUGGACGAGGUCGUGGCCGUGGUGACCAUGCAGCAUACCACUACAGGUCGCUAGAUGAUUAUGGCGAUGCUUCCCAUGGUGACAGGGGAGGUCAUGGCGGUGAUGCCGGACGAGGAGGAUAUGCUAUGGACUAUUGA